CCUUGGUGUUUGGCUGGAGGGUGGAGACUGGGAGCGGCGACGAGGAAGGGAGGCAGGGAAGGAGGGAGAGGACGGUGUGGAUGGUAGCCGGUCUCGCUCGUGUGCCCAUCCUGAAAGCGGGAGUUCAGGAUUCGUCUCCACCAGACUGAUUAAAGAUCAGGAAAGAUCCUGCCAAGGUUGCUCAUGGCGAGCAAUAACACGGCCGGCAUCGCACAAGCCAGGAAGCUGGUGGAGCAGCUGAAGAUGGAGGCCAAUAUCGACAGGAUAAAGGUGUCGAAAGCGGCUGCAGACUUGAUGUCGUACUGCGAAGCUCACGCCAAAGAGGAUCCGCUGCUCUCACCGGUGCCGGCCUCCGAGAACCCGUUCAGGGAGAAGAAGUUCUUCUGCGCCAUCUUGUAAAUGCGGGACUUUGAACGCGGACGACGUUCAAGCCAAAACUAAGAAAGAGAGGAGAAAAAAAGAUGUAGAAAUCUUCUAGUCGUCUCAUACGAGGAUGACAACCGUGGUAAACACAAUGGUGGCGUCUUUUUGUUUUGCGGGAGGUGUAGCAUGUUGACGAGGAGGGUGACCGUGAUGAAGAUGCUAAAAGGAGGAGGAUGAUGACUCUUCAGGCUGUGAUGUGUACAAAAUAGUUCCAAUGAAAAGUCAUAUUCUGUGCUUUUGUUGAACUGUUUAAAGGUGUGUGCGUCUUCCCUGUCCCCCCUCCCCAUAACGCUGAUAUGUGCUUCAACAUUAGUUUGUCUCCCACCCAAAAACUUUUGGUUUCCAAGGGGACUCAAGUAACUGUGUGUGUGUGCGUGUGAAUGGAUCUGACCAACGUCAUCACGUCCAUCUCCUUGUCACACGCAUACAUUCUUUCUAAUCUUUGUACAAAACACUACGCAAAGUAAACUGUGAUGUGCUGGAAA